AUGCGCCACGACGCCCGCCCCCGAACGAGACACCGCGCCGCCGGCAGGUUCUUCUUGACCACCGGAUUCUGCCUCCUCUUCGCGACCUACGCCCUCCUCAUCGACCCCUACCUCCGCCCGCGACCCGCGCCGCCGAUACACCCCCGCUCCCUUGAUGCGCCCAUCUCUGUCCGCGGCGAGGACGACUGUCGCCGAGUCCACAGUUCGCCAGACCAAUGCGCCUACAUCCGCGCCAACUGCCCGCCAGACGAGGGAGGCUUCACGGCCUACCUUGAGCUGUUCUACUGCAGGCUGCCGCACGCCAAACCGGUGGCCUUCCUGAUCCUCAUAUCAUGGCUCGGCCUGCUCUUCUCCACCAUUGGCAUCGCCGCUAGCGAUUUCUUCUGCAUUGAUCUGAGCACGAUUGCUGGGAUCCUGGGGAUGAGCGAGAGCAUGGCGGGCGUGACAUUCUUGGCGUUUGGGAACGGCAGCCCGGAUGUCUUUUCCACAUUUGCUGCGAUGAGCACGAAUAGCGGCAGUUUGGCGGUGGGAGAGCUGUUUGGGGCGGCGGGAUUCAUCACGGCGGUGGUCGCAGGUGCCAUGGCUUUGAUCCGCCCGUUCCACGUCUCUAAGAACACCUUCAUCCGAGAUGUGGGGUUCUUUGCGGUGGCAGCCGCCUUCAGCAUGGUGUUUCUGUGGGACGGGAGGCUGCACUUCUGGGAGUGCAUUACAAUGGUUAUAUACUAUAUCUUCUACGUGGUCUUCGUGGUGGCAUGGCAUUGGUGGGUGGGGCGAAGACGGGUGAGGAGGGAGAAGGAAGCGGCAGCGAGGGGGCAUUUCGUGAAUCCUGGAGAGGACGAGCUGGACCACGAGCCAUACCACGACGACCCAGCGGAAGCCGCCGAACGACGGAGGCCAAGCAUCUUCAGAGGGGUAUCGAGAGAAGACUGGAGUGCUUUGGAGGGAGGCUCCGCCGAGCCCUACGAAGAUGCCUACAACGAAGACGAAGAGGAAGAAGCCAGGGAUAGGUGGAUGAGUGACUUAUCGAGCAACAUGCGCCUCACCAGGCCAAAUGCUCGUUCGAGACGCAACACGGUCACCCCGGUCCGCCCAUCUUUAGUCGGCGCGCUUGAGUUUCAAGCAGUGCUCAAGUCGUUGCAAAAGUCCCGAAACAUUCAAACAAUCCCUCUGGAUUCCCGGCGCUACUCGGACGACCCAACAUACACCACCCUCCAGCAGCAGGAUCAGAUGUCAUCCGUGUCUGACCCGGCUGCUCGACCGGCCUACGAAGUGCACGUAACUGACGAGAGUUCCCCAUUGCUUGAACGACCGAGCUUCGACGUGCCAACGCCAUACUCUGCACCUGCCGGGAGAACGAGAGCAGUGUCUGCAAAUGACGCAGCAACUCUACGGCUUGGUGCUCACUUCCCUCACUUGACUCCUAUCCAGUCGGAGGACAAUCUCGCUGAUGGCCCAACCGAGCAGGGACAGCGCCCUAGGAGUCUCUUGGAAGUUCCCCACCCUGCUCAUCCUGGAUCGCAUCCUACAUCGCCAACUUCGCCGGCGUUGAUGGUCGAGCCUGCCACACCAGCACGAGAAAGCCCUUUCUCUGAGACUCGCAGCCGUGCAUCCACAGCUUCAGGAGAUCUUUUGGCCCCACCAGAACCGGCCCCACUCAAUCGGCCUUCAAGUGACUACUUUGUGCCACGAGCACCAUCACGCCGCGGUACCGAUUCCCCUGAAGAUUCGCCUCGCUUGGUCCCUCGUGCGAGGAUGCUUCCCAAGAUUGUAAUUCCACAAAACGACAGAUCCCCGCCGUCCAGCCGCGGCACUUCUCCCUUUCCGGCAUAUCGUGACUAUCCAUCACCUUCGAUCACGGCAAGCACAAGGUCGCCCGCAGGCACGAGGCCACCCAGUCUGUAUCUGCCAGGUCCAGUUUCCCCCGAAUCUUUACCAGCCGACCAGGCUGUCGAACAAGAAGUUUCCCGUCGACCGACAAGAUUGACCAAAUUCUGGCCGUACAGCAUUUUGCCGCCUCCUGGUGUCUUGAUGUCGACAUUGUUUCCCACGAUAUACCACUGGCAUGAGAAAAGCUGGUGGGAGAAGAUCUUGGGGAUCGUGGCUGCCCCAAGUGUUUUCAUGUUGACGAUCACGUUGCCUGUGGUGGAGACUGAGAAGGACGAGGCAGAUAAUGUGCCGACGACCCCCGCCAAGAACCUGAGCCUAGACAGCGCACGAUCUAAGAGCGCCGCCACAGCCACAGUCUCUCCUGGUCCCAAGGGCGGUAUUGUCCCCGAAUACAUGUUGGAUGGCUCUGACUACCAACACCACGAACACAACUUGGCAACGGAUGGCGUUACGGGAAUGGGCAAUACUGCCACGGUCGCUGCUCACGCCGAGCAGCAUCGUCACCAACACAACCACCAUGCCACAGUGUCGGCGGAACCACAGCCGUUGCACUCCCAAGUCAUUGACGAAGGCAACGAUGCACAACCAGAGCUCUGGAACCGGUGGCUGGCUAUCAUACAGCUCCUCUUGGCACCGAUAUUUAUCGUACUGUCCAUCUAUAUCCAAGCACCGAUGGACCUGUCCCCUAUCUGGCUGGUUAGAGCCAUCUUGAUAUCCCUGCUGGUUUCCGUCGUACUCCUCAUACCUUUUCUGCUCACCACUACGCCAACCCAUCGUCCCAACAUCUACCGCAUCAUCCUCAGUCUGGCUGGCUUUGUUGUCUCCAUUGCCUGGAUCUCUGCGGUAGCUUCCCAGGUCGUUGGCGCACUGAAAGCAUUGGCUGUUAUUCUAAACAUGUCUCACGCCAUCAUGGGCCUCACCAUCUUCGCCGUGGGAAAUUCUCUUGGAGAUCUCGUCGCCGAUGUCACGGUUGCAAAGCUUGGGUACCCUGUCAUGGCACUCUCAGCCUGCUUUGGAGGCCCAAUGCUCAACAUCCUUCUGGGGGUUGGUUUGUCAGGAUCCUACAUCCUCAUCCGCGACUCGGAACGAAGGCACGAAAAGCACCCGGAAAAGGGCAUCAAGUUCAAGAGCUAUCACAUCGAGGUCAGCAAAACGCUGAUUGUUAGCGGCAUCACGUUGCUCAUCACCUUGGUGGGCUUGUUGAUCUUGGUGCCGCUCAACCGGUGGGUGCUGAAUCGCAAGAUUGCGUGGGCGAUGAUUGCGCUUUGGACCAUCAGCACUGUUUUCAAUGUAGUUGUUGAAGUCACGGGGAUUUUGGGGGAGUCUGAGCGAUGA